AUGUCCUCUCCGGGCUUUUCCCCCAUUUCCGAAGACGGAGAAGUUGAAGAGGGGCCCCCAGAGGGGCCCCCUGUUGUGCCCGCGCCAGCACUUGCUGCUGUUGCUGCUGCUGCUGCAGCACUCAGCGCGCCCACGCUGAGCCUGGCCGAAGAGGGGGCCCCCGAAGGCUACACUGAGGGCCCUGCAGCAGCAGCAGCAGCAGCAGCAGCAGCAGCAGCAGCAGCAGCAGCAGCAGCAGCAGAUCCUGUAGGUAGCUUUGCAGCAGAUGUACAUACACCCGAACCCUUAGUCUGCAGCCAAGCAGCAGGGGCCCCCCCUUGGGCUUCUCAAGAGCAGCUGCUGCUGCUGCCUUCCUCGGUGGCUGCUGCUUCGCUGCAGCAGCAGCAGCAGCAGCAGCAGCAGCAGCAGCAGGAGACACACCAGGCAGAAACAGCAGCAGCAGCAGCAGCAGCAGCAGCAAAUGCUGCGCAAGCAGCAGCGCCUGGCUACGGUGUACAGACAGGGGGCCCCUCGCUGCAGCUGCCGGCCCCAGUUGCUGCUGCUGCUGCUGCUGCUGCUGCUGCUGCUGCACCAGCAGCAGCAGCAGCAACAGCAACACGGGGGCAGCUAAUUGGUGGCGCUUUUCAGUUGCACCAGCAGCAGCAGCACCAUCAGAUGCAGCAGCAGCAGCUGCUGCAGCAGCAGCAACUGCUGCAGCAGCAGCAACUGCAGCAGCAGCAGCAGCAGCAGCAGCAGCAGCCUCACUCCAACUUAAUAUCUGUCUUCUCAACAGAGAGAAUUGCAGCAGUUCUUUCUUCCGUCGACAGCAGACAG